UCUGGCAACCUGUGGACAAGGGAGACUCCUUAUAUCUCACGUUACAGUAAAGACUGAGGACACAGAAGGUCUGAAGGGUACAGAGAAGAUAUCCAGCAUGUCCUCGACCAUCAGCAUCGUCCUGGCCUUUACUGCCACUUUACUUUUCACCGCAGUUGCUGAUGACUGCGACAGUUUCUACACUCUAGGUGGUAUUUACAAGAAAUCCCAAGAUUGUAGCAAUUGGCAGUUCUGUUGUGGUACCUGUGAUAAUCGUUAUUGCUGCUCAGAUCCCUUCAGCAAACUUACUCUGGACUGCGAUUUUAUGGAGUAUGCUCAAUCAAGCGGCACCAUUGUCCUUGCUACUGUGAUAGCGAGUGUGAUCAUCUUCGUCAUAGUCAUCAUCGCCUGCUGUGUUUGCCCCUGCUGUUGCUUGUACCAAAUGUGCAGAAAACCCAGACCGGUGAUGGCAACAACCACAACCACAAUAGUAAAUACACAGUAUCCUCGGCAGCAGCCUCCAAACCCUGCUACUCAGUACCCAGCCUACCAGCCAGUUCCUGCACAGCCUGGCUACAGCGCCCAGCCCGGCUACAGCGCCCAGCCCAGCUAUGGAGGGCAGGCCAUGCCCGCUGCCCCGUAUCAGGGUCAGCCUUAUGUCGCAGGACCUCCUCCUCCAUACCAUGAGAGCGGAGGAUAUCCUGCACCAUACAGCCAGGCUGCCUAUGAUGGUUCUCAUGCUCCGUACCCUCUCAAUCCCCUCGGGCAGCCCAGCUUCCCUCACCCACCUCCAACAACCGACUACAAUGCAGCUCAGCCUCCAUUUAACCCAGCCUACUUGGAGCAGCCCAAAACCGGAUACUAAACCACAGCUGUCUGCCAUCGCACAGCCUCAGCUGGAUUACAAACACCUACAAUUCCACUUUGGGUGAUGCCAGUCCUAUAUGUGCUAUAUUUAUAAUGGAAACCCUUCAAGUACAUGGCUUGAUUUCUCAUGUGAUCAAAUCGUUAUUCUUAAACAGACCGUUAUGGCUUAAAGAUUCCUUAACCUCAAUAUGCACUGCAAGAUAGCAAGGCUUUCCAUGGAUAAUUUAGCACAUAUAGAACCUAUAAAAUGACUUCAAGCCAUACUCUGUGCUUUCGUCGGUUGUCGGUGAGAAGAAAAUUGAACGUGGUUCGUAUGAGUGUGAAAAACCAAAAGAGGAAUUGCGUGCUUCUUUGUUCCUUCAAGCAUAGCAGAUUCCCAGUGUAGGGUCUGAGCUUGAUAUCCAGGGGACUUACAGGCAGUGAUAAUGUGCUCUGAGCCCUUUUGACCUCAAACUUGGCUGAUGUAAUAAGUAGGAGGAAACUUUCUUUUUUUUUUUUUUCUUUUGAAAAUGCCUUACUUUUGGUAAACGUGGGUAGAGUGGGAUAAGUGUUGCAAAAAAGUGUGAAAGAGAAAAAAAAUUAAGGUGAGGUGAUAGUAUAGAAGUGUAACAUGGAACAUAAAGUGAGAUGUAAUUACACUGAUUUACAAUUCACAUUCAUAACACCAAAGGUUUAAUUCUCUGUGACACCCGGAUAUUUUGGUGAACUUCUCACAUGUGUAUAAAGCUAGGUCUGUUAUUCUUUUUCCUUUCAGUGUUCAUGUUAGUUUGGAUUUAUUUGUAUAACCAAGGAUCAAGAAUAUGCCUUACUUUUCAUGUUAUGCAGUCAUAAUAGAGAUAAAUAUGUUAACCAGCAGAUUUGACUUAAAGGGUCAUAUCAAGGUUGUUUACUGUUUGUUCGUUCUUUCAUAUAUUUUUAAAUGUUUUUCAUAGCAUCUUUUUCAUGGCAACAAAUGAUGUACAAUUUAGGAACAGACUCUUGUGGGUGGUAAUGUGUUUUCAUUUCACUCAGCCCGAUUAUUUAUCAAGGCACGCAGCUCAUGUCACAGCUUAUCAGGAAAGAAGCUUAAAGUUGCACAAAAAGCUUGUUGCGAGUUGUGUAAACAGGAAAGAGCUGUAAAACUUUGAUUUUUAAUUUGUUGACAUCGCAUUUAAAGCCCCAGAUAGAAUUGCCUGUUUUUUCAGCUAUUGUUUCUUUUCUCUUCAUUAUGUUUUCGUUGUAUUGCUGCUGUUUGUCUUUAGCUACAUGUAAAAUAUUUCUAUUCAGAGCAUUGCCAAGUUUCCAAAGCAAAUUAAACAUGUGUGUGCUUGAACGGC